UCAUACCAGAUUGACAGAUAUUUAAAUAGAGAGAGGUGGAUUUUCAUUCAUUUCACUGACUUGAAGAACCUAUACGCCUGCAUCUCAAGCAGACGACCUAACGAUUCCAAUCUGCCGAGAGAGAAGAAGACUGUCUCAAUCUUCCCCUGGGCGGGAAGCAUCAGCACAGCCCUCGACAUGGACAACACAACAGAAUUGGCCCUGACCCCUGUCAAUAACAACUUCACCAACAGCAACUGUUCCCGUGACAACGUGCUGAAGACGGUGGUGUUUCCUGUUCUCUACUCCCUCCUCUUCCUGUUGGGCCUGUCGCUCAACGGCCUGGCAGUGUGGGUGUUCUUCAGCAUCCCCAGCCGCUCCCACUUCAUCAUCUACCUCAAGAACAUUGUGGUGGCCGACGUCCUCAUGACCCUCACCUUCCCCUUCAAGGUGCUGUCUGACUCCAACAUGGCAUCAGUGGGUCUGCGUGUCUUUGUCUGCCGUGUCUCCUCUGUGCUCUUCUAUCUCACCGUGUACAUCAGCAUCCUCUUCUUCGGCCUCAUCAGCAUCCUCUUCUUCGGCCUCAUCAGCAUCCUCUUCUUCGGCCUCAUCAGCAUCCUCUUCUUCGGCCUCAUCAGCAUCCUCUUCUUCGGCCUCAUCAGCAUCGACCGCUGCAGGAAGACCCUCCAGCCCUUCAAGGUGACCAACAUGGCCCGUCUGACCCACAGAAAGCUGCUCUCUGUGGCUAUCUGGGCCUCCCUGCUGACCCUCUCCCUGCCCAACAUGAUCCUGACCAGCCACAGCCCCACCUCGGCCUACUUCAAGUGCAGCGUUCUUAAAACGGAGGCUGGGCUGCUCUGGCAUGAGGUGGUCAACUAUGUGUGCCAGAUAAUCUUCUGGGGGAACUUGGUGACAGUGAUAGUGUGUUACACACUCAUCACCAAAGAACUGUACAGUUCAUACGCCCGCACCAGGGCAUGCCGUUCUACUGGAGCCAUACACAACGCUGGUACUGGCGUGGGUAAUGUUGAAAGGCAGCGCCAGCCCCGGAGGAAGAGUGUAAGUUCAAACGUCUUCCUGGUGCUGGCUGUGUUCUUUGUGUGCUUCGUGCCGUUCCACUUCUCCCGCGUGCCGUACACCCUGAGCCAGACGAGGGUACACAUGUUUGACUGCAACCUCAAGCUGUUCUUCUUCCAGCUGAAGGAGAGUACACUCUGGCUGUCCUCCCUCAACUCCCUCCUGGACCCUCUCAUCUACUUCUUCCUCUGUAAGUCCUUCAGAACCACCCUGUUCAAGACCCUCCGUCUCCCACCUGGGACGUGCAGCUGGCUCACUGGGAGAGGGUCCGAUCCCAACACAGCGGAGGAUCAGACCCAAACACAGGAGACUCCCCUGGGAGACAAAUCUAUUAUGUAAUCUAUCUGUAUUUAGGUAAUAGGUAACUAAAACUCUAUGUUCUAUCUAUGUAUCGUGAAGAUCUGAUGAAUGUUUCACAGAGGAUCAUACUGCCCUCUCCUGGAAGGUUGACUAAACUGAACUGUGUGUUCAUUAAAAUGCCUAGGCAAUGGGAACAAUCAAUGUAAACUUCCAAUGAGAAACAAUAUUUUAGCCAGUGAUGAUUAUGAUAAUAUGCAGAGCAGCUGUUCCAGUACAGCAAUAGCUCUAUGUUUAUUACACCAGUCUGUUACACCAGUCUGUUACACCAGUCUGUUACACCAGUCUGUUACACCAGUCUGAUACACCAGUCUGAUACACCAGUCUGUUACACCAGUCUGAUACACCAGUCUGAUACACCAGUCUGAUACACCAGUCUGAUACACCAGUCUGAUACACCAGUUUGAUACACCAGUCUGAUACACCAGUCUGAUACACCAGUCUGUUACACCAGUCUGAUACACCAGUCUGAUACACCAGUCUGUUACACCAGUCUGUUACACCAGUCUGAUACACCAGUCUGUUACACCAGUCUGAUACACCAGUCUGUUACACCAGUCUGUUACACCAGUCUGAUACACCAGUCUGUUACACCAGUCUGUUACACCAGUCUGAUACACCAGUCUGUAACAGUUAGUAGAACGUUAUAACACCCUCUAAACAGCACCGUAACCUCAUGCCAAGGAACUCACCUCGGGUCUCCCUGUCUUUCUCGUAACAGCUUAGUUCCCUACACUGGCAUUCUGCUUUGACUUCAUCACUGUUUUGGCCUAGGAACUGAAGUAAGAGACAUACGUACUUCCCCUGUAAUUAUGUAUAACCAUGGCACAGUACUUAUGCCUGUCAUGUACAGGAUAGAGUCAGCAAAACGUUCUUUACAGUAUAAAAAUGUGACAUGUGAUUGUUUUUUUCUCUUCUAUUAAAUUAUUCAUGUAUAUAAAAACCAUUCUUCAACACAUCAAUACGAUAUCUAAGGGAUAAAUCUCCUGAUUUCAGACGAUUAGCUGAAAGCUAGCCGUUCUGUAUGUCAGACAUUAUACAACCUAUUUAACAGAUGGUCUAUGGGUAGGUGAGAGGGUGUAGCCUGUUGCUGCAGGGGCGGAUUGGCCAUCUGGCAAUUUUGGCAAAUGCCAGAUGGGGUGGACAAUUUUUGUUGUUGGGUGUGCUGGUAGAAAUUGACA